AUCAUCUACAAUACAAUUCUUGCUUUAUUUUCUGAUCAACAAGAGAAAAAAAAAGCAAAAGCUCAUCUCAGAACUUGUAUUUUCCCAUCACAGUAGAUAUGUAUUUCUGUAAGGAAUACAAUGAGAGCAAGGGAAAGUCACUCUAUGAAGAUAAGCCCAUCAACUCAACUAAAAAUGGAGCUGUGAACACUGGUAUUUCUCAAUCAUUUGAUCUUUUCACCAAAUAUGGUUGUAGUGAAAAGGGGAAAGUGAUUACCUACAGCAACAGCGAAGCCAAAUCAGGCAAGGGAAUGACAGGCUAUACUCCUGAAACUCAGUUUAGUGCUCCUCUUCUGAGUCUCUCGUCUUCUUACACUGGGAGUUGUAAUACCAAAGAUUUCCUUGGCCAGCAAUCUGGUUCUGGUUCAGCUAUACAUGGGGCUGCUGAACCUCAAUGGAGUCAAUCUGAUCUGAAAGAACUGUACUCUUUAUUUAGGGCUGCUGGUUCUACACUUCAAUACAAGCAUUCUGCUGGUGCCCAGUUGACCAUUUGCUAUGGGGGAACAGUGAAUGUGUAUGAUGAUAUUCCUCCAGAUAAGGCACAGGCCAUUAUUCUACUUGCCUCUGGGAAACCUGUCCAGAAUAACACAAAUUAUGUGUCACAGCUUCAAUGGGAAAAAUCAGAUCUUCCAAUUGCAAGGAAUCAUUCGCUGCAACGUUUUCUGGAUAAGCGUCAUGAAAGGCUUAACUCAAAAGCUCCUUACAUACGAGAAGAGAGUCCAAACAGAGAUUUAUGCUUUUAAUCUUCCUCAAUUUCUUCUCCGGCUACGUAGAAUCUAAUUAAAUCUUAAAAUGAGAAAUGUUUAGAACAACACCUUAGUGGGUGUUAUUGUAUAUUUACAUUGAUAUAUGAAAUUUGUUGACAUUAAGUUUAAGUUAAGCUUCAUUAUUUACUGGUUAAAUACAAAUAGCUGCAGAGAAACAAUUGAUCACGUGUGGAAUUGACAUCGUUGUAGACACGGCAUGCAAAUUACAGGGAAAGUGAGUGAGAUUUGACGUCUCACCAAACCAUAAAAUUUUACCCAAGACUUGCAUGUAUUUUGAGUGGACGUCACUAUCUAAUUUAUAGAUAAUACUCCAGGGCACUUGGACUUA